UGUUUGAAGUUUGGCUGCAGACUAUUUUAGAAAUCCUUGCGUCAGGCUGUCGGAGCCGGGCUGCUGGAGCUGCCCCGGGCCGCUCGGAGAGGGCGAGGUGGCGGCGGCUGCUGCUGUUAACACUGGCGUGGCCGGGACUAGACAGGGACACAGGCUGCAGCAGGAGAGUGGACACACACACACAGGAUUGAAAUGCAGAUGUGACGUGACGUGACGCUGUGUUGGACGACUUCGCUGGACGCAAGCAAAUCUCUUUGAGAAAUUAUACAGCAGAUCUCUGCCCUGAUCCACAAAGAUGUCUGACGAACGGAGAGACAGCUCGAGCAGCCUGCAGAGGAAGAAACCGCCUUGGCUCAAGCUAGAUAUUCCCGCCAACCAGCCACCGUUGGAUGAGCCGCCCUCUUUGCCGCCUUUAAGGCACCAACUCUAUGUGCGAAGUGUCAGUAUGCCGCCGGAGAGCACAUGGGUACCAUCUCCACCAAACGAACAGAGGCGACCCACUUUCCAGAGGCAGACCUCAAUAACCCAGACCAUCAAAAGAGGUACAGCUGACUGGUUUGGGGUUAGCAAGGAUAACGACACCACCCAAAAAUGGCAGAGGAAGAGCCUGCGACACUGCAGCCAGAGGUACGGCAAGCUUAAAUCACAUGUCAUCCGUGAGAUGGAGCUACCAAGUCAAGACAACAUCUCACUCACCAGCACUGAAACCCCCCCACCUCUCUAUGUGGGGCAGCAGUUUGGCAUGCAGAAGAUCGUGGACCCGCUGGCCAGGGGGCGAGCAUUCCGGAUGGCGGACGAGAAUGAUGGCUACAGCGUUCCCCACACUCCCCUCACGCCUGGCGCCGCUUCCCUCUGCUCCUUCACCAGCUCCCGCUCAGGACACAACCGUGUUCCCAAACGGAGGAAGAGGGAAUCCGUAGCCAAAAUGAGUUUCAGGGCAGCAGCGGCCCUGGUAAAGGGGCGCUCUCUCAGGGAAGGUACGACACGACGGGCUCAGAGGCGCAGCUUCACCCCCGCCAGUUUUGCGGAAGAAGAAACAGUGGAUUUUCCAGAUGAGUUGGACACCUCGUUCUUUGCAAGGGAAGGAGUUCUACACGAAGAGCUCUCCACGUAUCCCGAUGAGGUGUUUGAGCCCGCGGAAACUGUUACCGCCAAGGAGAUGGAGAGCAACUCUCUGGAUCAGACCGAUCUAACCGGCAGCGCCUUGGACAAAAGCGAACUCGAGAAAAGUCACCUCAUGCUCCCAUUGGAACGAGGGUGGCGGAAGCAGAAAGAAGGAGCCCCUCCCCCGCCCAAGGUGCGCUUAAGGCAGGAAGUGGUCAGUGUGAGUGGCCAGAGAAGAGGGCAGCGCAUCGCUAUACCCGUCAAGAAGCUGCUCGCGAAGGAAAAGAGACCCUACGGGCUGGGGAUGGUGGGCAAGCUAACGAACCGGACGUACCGCAAGCGAAUAGACAGUUACGUGAAGAAACAAAUAGACAACAUGGACGAUCACCGGCCUUUUUUCACGUACUGGGUUACAUUUGUGCAUAUUCUCAUCACUAUCCUAGCAGUGUGUAUCUAUGGAAUUGCUCCAAUAGGAUUUUCUCAGCAUGAAACAGUAGAUUCAAUUUUACGAAAUAAAGGUGUCUAUGAAAAUGUUAAAUUUGUGCAGCAAGAAAACUUCUGGAUUGGACCAAACUCUGAGGCUUUAAUCCACCUUGGAGCAAAGUUCUCUCCGUGCAUGAGGCAGGACUCGCAAGUGCACAGUUUAAUUACGCAGAAGAGGCAAGAGGAGAAUAAAUCGGCGUGCUGCGUGAGAAACGACAAGUCAGGGUGCGUUCAAACCUCAGAGAAAGAUUGCUCGUCAAGGCUCGCUGUCUGGGUAAAGUGGCCGCUUCACAGUAGUGCUCCAUUACUGGGCGACGGAACUCCCCGCAGUCACGGCUCGGUGUGCCAUCAGGAUCCCAGGGUUUGUGUUGAACCUGCCUCUGUUGCCCCUCAUGUGUGGCCUGAUGACAUCACCAAAUGGCCGAUUUGCACUAAGAGUACUGCUGGAAACCACACUAACCUUCCACACUUGGAUUGUGUCAUGACUGGCCGGCCCUGCUGUAUCGGCACAAAGGGGAGAUGUGAGAUUACAUCAAGAGAAUAUUGCGAGUUCAUGCAAGGUUAUUUCCAUGAAGAAGCCACUCUCUGUUCUCAGGUGCCCUGUAUGGAUGAUGUAUGUGGACUUCUACCAUUCCUUAACCCUGAAGUGCCUGAUCAGUUUUACAGACUCUGGCUUUCACUCUUUCUACACGCAGGGAUUCUGCACUGCCUUGUGUCCAUCUGCUUCCAAAUGACCAUCCUUAGGGACCUGGAGAAAUUGGCAGGGUGGCUUCGGAUUUCCAUCAUUUACAUCCUGAGUGGGAUCACGGGGAACCUGGCCAGUGCCAUAUUCUUGCCUUAUCGAGCGGAGGUUGGACCAGCGGGAUCACAGUUUGGCAUCCUCGCCUGCCUUUUUGUCGAGCUCUUCCAGAGUUGGCAGAUCCUGGCGCGGCCUUGGAAGGCCUUCGUCAAGCUGGUGGGCCUGGUCCUCUUCCUCUUUGCCUUCGGCCUCCUCCCGUGGAUCGACAACUUUGCCCACAUCUCCGGCUUCAUCAGCGGGUUCUUCCUGUCGUUUGCAUUCCUCCCCUACAUCAGCUUUGGGAGAUUUGACUUGUACCGCAAGCGAUGUCAGAUCAUGAUCUUCCUCGUCACCUUCGUGGGGCUGUUUGCAGGGCUGGUGGUCUUGUUCUACGUCUACCCAAUAACCUGCGAGUGGUGCGAGUAUCUGACUUGUAUUCCCUUCACCGAUAAAUUCUGUGAAAAAUAUGACCUCAACGCACAUCUACACUAGUCGGUCCGCUAGGCGCUUCAAUCAAUGUUACAGAUUUGGUUGUCAGCAGUAUUUACAUCACGGGUUGUCUACGGAGAAUAUACUCCACCAACACAUUGGCGGUGAUGUUCAAGUCGUCCUUCAGAUCCUCGCCUGAUGUUGCCUUUUCUAAAAUCAAAAAUUGAAUUUAGCACUUGAUGUUCAAUUUACAUCUCGGGACUGUGGACACCAUCUCCAACUAUGAUCUAUGUGCCUUUCCCAUUAUUUUUCAACCAACGUUUUGUGCUGCCAAUUUUGUAUUACACUAGUUUUAGCACUAAAUCAAAUCUUGUAUUGUUUACUACUGCUAAAGUGGUGAUGGAUUGUCGGUAGUGUUUUAGCUACCGUUAGACUGGACUGCAGGUUUGCAGGAUACAUUAUGGAAGCCUUACUGAAUCUUCAGUUUUAAAUUUGAACAUUGUCAUUAUCUUUCUCUUGUCUUGCUCUUGAAAUGGUAUGAUGACAUUACAAGACGCCCCCACCCCACCCCCCCCCCCCCCCCCCCC